GACUGAGAGUAGAAUUCGCGGCGUCCAUCGAAAAUCUAAAUCCGUCCCGAGAGCCAAGAAGAAGAAGAAGAAGAAGAAGAGACGCGUCGUCGAUGGCUCCUUGAGCCUCGAAGGAGUUUUUCGAAACGAUAGUCAAUAAUCGUCUCCAGAUUGAAUCGGAUUCAUUUAAAAACUGUCAAUAAAAAUUGUUCAGUUUCUUAAAAUCGGCUAGUGAGUUAUUUUUUUUUUUUUAAACAAAAAGUUUUUAAUUUAGUGCUAGAGGAGAAGAUUAUCAUCAUAAAAUUUUGUUCAUUUAUAAAAAUAUGAUUCGUGUCGACGAAACAGACCCGGUUGGUGAGAUCGAGCCAAGUUUUCCAUACAGAGCAGUGACUGUAAGAAAAGGAGUUCAAUUUAAUGAUUUCUACGAUAUUCAAUCGGAAAUUGGCAGAGGAAAAUUUGGCACAGUCUAUCGAUGCAAAGAAAAGAAAAGUGAAUUGGCUUUGGCCGCCAAGGUGGUGAAUACCACGAGGAAGGAAGAUAAGCGUGCUGUGGAACGUGAGGUCGAAAUCAUGAGAAGGUUACAGCAUCCACGUCUGAUUCAGCUCUACGAUGCCAUCGACACUGGAAAACAAAUAUACGUCAUCUUAGAACUCAUUCAGGGUGGAGAACUAUUUGAGAGAGUUAUCGAUGACGAUUUUUUAUUGACAGAACGAAGCUGUGCAGUUUUCAUGCGUCAAAUUUGCGAGGGAAUUGAAUUUAUUCAUGGACAGCAUAUUUUACAUCUUGAUAUGAAACCUGAAAAUAUUCUUUGUCUAACAAAAGAGGGUAAUCGAAUAAAGAUCAUUGACUUUGGAUUAGCGAGGGAAUAUGAUCCAAAGAAAAAAUUGCAAGUUUUGUUUGGAACGCCGGAAUUUGUUGCGCCAGAAGUUGUGAAUUUUGAUCAAAUUGGCUUUGGCACUGACAUGUGGAGCAUUGGUGUCAUCUGCUACGUAUUAUUAUCGGGUCUCUCUCCAUUCAUGGGCGACACUGACAUCGAAACAAUGGCAAACGUGACAAUUGCAAAAUACGAUUUCGACGACGAAGCCUUCUCUGGAAUUUCGGAAGACGCCAAGGACUUUAUAAGAUGCCUCCUCGUCAAGGAUAUCUCAAAGAGGGUGAGCGCGUCCCAGUGUCGUCAGCAUCGAUGGCUAGCAAGGAAAACGAUAAAAUCAUCAGUGUCAAUGAAAAAUGGACCGGAUGUGAGAAUAAAACCAAAAUCAAAUGGAAUUGGUAAAGAGGAAUUGGAUGUCACCAAGGAUAAUUUACGAAUGUUUGUGGAAAGAUGGCGUGAGCAUCCAAACAGUCCGUACACCAUUGAGGUUCAAACGUUAAUUGAAGUUGCCGCCAAUCUCAAUGAGAAGAAAAAUAGUAAUAAUAAUAAUAAUAAUUUCGAGUCGAUUUCCCUAUGUUGUCACACACCCUCAUCAUGCGAGAGUAUUUCUAGUUCAAUUUCCGAAUCGACGACCAAUUCAACACGUGAUCACAGUUCUGGAUCACUUCUUGCAAUUCCAAAUUUUGGUCUCUCUCUCGAGAGACGUGCCUCGGAGGGUGCUAGGGCACGUGACGCAGCCGCUCAAAUUCUCCUCGCUGAGGAAAUUAUCAAACUCUCCGAACAUCUUCGCUUAAUCGCCAUGGCACCGUCCGACACAACGCUGAAGACGAACGAGAAAUUGAAGACCGUUGAUGAGAGGGAGAGAAAAAGUGGAGAAGAUGAGAAGAUAAGAGGUCGGUUUGACGUAAGGAGUAAGGAAAAUGUUGGGAACAAUAAGGAAGAGGCGAAAAUUAAUGGGGAAGGAGUGGGGAAAUGUGGAACAGUCGGUAAAAAAGAGGGAGGAGUGAGGAGGAAUGGGGAACGAGGGAAUUCCGGGAAUGGGGAGAGAAAAGAGGACAAAAACGAAGAGGUGGGGAAAUGUAGGGAAGAGAAGAAAAAAGAAGGAGAUAAAGAGAAGAUAAACAGUGGGAAAGGAGGAAAGAAUUAUUGGGCAGUGAACAAAAGUGGGGAAGGAGUAAAUAAAGACGAGGACGUGAGGAAAAUUAGGGAAAAAGUACAGACAAAUGGAGGAGUGACGAGAAAACAGGAAGAGGUCGGAAAGAAUAGUGAGGAAGCGAAGAAAAAUGGAGGAGUGAAGAAAAAAGAGGAGGAAGUGAAGAAAAUUGGGGAAGAAGUGGCAAAAAAUACAGAAGGGAAAAACAAAAGUGAGGAGGACUUGAAGAAAAAUGGGGAAGGAGUGAAGAAAGAUGGGGAAGGAGUGAAGAAAGAUGGGGAAGGAGCAAAGAAAAAUGGGGAAGGUGCAAAUAAGAAUGAAGAAGGAGUAAAGAAAAAUGGGGAAGGAGCAAAGAAGAAUGAAGAAGGAGUAAAGAAAAAUGGGGAAGGAGCAAAGAAAAAUGGGGAAGAAAUCCAAAAAAUCGUGGAAGUGAAUAAUAAAGAGGAAGGAGUAAAGAAAAAGGGGGAAGGAACCCAAAAAAUCAUAGAAGUGAAUAAAAAAGAGGAAGCAGUAAAGAAAAUUGGGGAAGAAGCGAAGAAAAAGCAGCAAGAGGUCAAGAAAAAUUGGGAAGGACUAAAGAAAGCUGAAGAAGAAUCAAAAACACAUGGGGAAGGAGCAAAGGAAAAUGGUGAAGGAACAAAGAAGACUUUUGAAGACCUGAAGAAAAAUACCAGAGUAUCGAAAAAUGAAAAAAUAAUCCCAAAAUCCUUCGAGGGAGUAAAGAAACAAGCUGAAAUGAACCCCACAACUAAAUCAGAACCCCUAACAAAAAAUUUGAAUACAAUAAAAGACAUAAAGAAUGAAGAAAAUUCCCCAACAAAUCAACUAAAUUCCGAACUGAAGAAAAAGACCAAAACCGAUUUUCUUCUUGCAGACAAACCAAAAGACGACACAAAAUCUAAAAAUCCAUCUGACAAUGAAACAAACGAAAUAUCAAUGAAACUAUCGAAUCUAGCGCAACAGAGGAAAUUAAACGGAACCGCCUUCAAUGGGAAUCGAUUUGAAAAAUUUGCCGACAGUGGUUCGGGUAAUUUUACAUUGAAAAGAACGAAUAAAUUUAAUACAGUUGUGUUUAAUGAUAGUUUUGCGACAAAAUUAACUGAUAAGUUUAGUGUAAAGGGAUUUGACGAUGAUGAAUCAAUAGACGAUGGUAAGAGAAUUAUUGAGAGGGAAAUUGAUUUAACUCCACCGUGGCGUAAAUCGAGACCAAAGAGAAGAUUCAGUGAAUCAUGUCGUGAUGUGCCACGAAUAACAAAUUUACAGGAUAUUCACAAGACAUUGAAUUUAAAUGAGCCAAAGAGCACCAAAGAUUUGUUACUGCAAUUAUUGACUGAAUGGGAUGAGGCAAGACCUAGUGGAACUGGUCGAAAGUCGAGUGUCGAUUUAUGGCGUGACGAUGAAUCGAUUGCACGACGUUCCAUAAACUCGCUGGCCGAGUAUUUUCAAUCGGAGCAAAAGAAAAAUGCAACAACGUUCGAUUCAACAUCAUCGAUACAACGUUGAAGGAAUUGUUUCAUUUUUGUAUUUUUGGCUUUUGACAAAGUCAUUUGUUGGAAACAGGUGAUAAUGAGUGAGAAUCGAUCUUUGAAAGAGAGUAGAAAAUCGAUCAUGAACAAGGUGGAUAAUUUUUCUAGUCCGAGUCGUUUAAUUUUUUCCUCAUGUUUCGUUGCUGAAUUUCGGUAAUGCCCACGGAGUACAUAAUUUUUUCUAGGACCUUAAUAUUUUGAAAUAUUCAGGAAAUAUUACGUGCCCUGUGGGUAUUAAACAUUCCAUCUUAUUCUUUCCUAUAUUUCCCACUUUUAAAUUUCCUUCUUCUUCAUUUUGAGCCGAAUUCCACUUUUGAAAAGCGACUGACAUUGAGAAACAAAGAUGAAUACAAUUGUAUUAAUUUUUUCUUUAAAUGAAUCAAUCGCCAUUAAAUUUCGAUUUUGUAAAAGAAGAAAGAACUACAAGACGAAUUUAAGAUUGAAUUGACCUAUAUCAUUAUUAAACUCCGUAACAAUAAAUAAAUACAGUUAUAAAAAUAAUUCAUAUCUAGUCUGUGAGAAAAGAAGAAUGAUGAUUUUUAUUAAGGAGAAUGAUAUUAUUG